AUCAAGUAAAAACAACAAAAAAUGUAAGCUUCCCUUGCCCUGUCUUUACCCUUGAGUAUAUAAGAUGCACUGCCUGUGCAGUGCAUCUUAUAUCUUUGUCUCAGACAAAGAUGGCUUCUCUUACGCUGGUGCUGCACCUUCUGGUUCUGCUGUCAUCGGCAUCUGCGUGGUACUAUAGAAGUUACUACAGAUACUAUGGAAGUUCACUGACAUUCACCUCGAAAGGACAGACUUCUAAUGGCAAAUACAAGGUGGAACUUCGCAACCAACAAACCCAUUACUAUUGCUACCGGGCUGGUUACACAUGCUUUUCUGGUGACUGUGGAUCAGUUACCCAGUCCUCCACUGCAUCUAUUCCCAGUAAUUCCUAUGGAAUCAGAUCGUGUCAGUAUGAGGUGCUGGUGAAAAGAAACCUCUACAGUAACCGACCAUUUGAGAUCCGAUACCCCAGUUACAUCUAUUUCUACUAUGGCUACGGAUACUGGGUAAACAAUAUCAGAAGCAAUAUGGCUAAAUGGAGUGUGUUAGGACAUGUGGACCUGGGAACCAGAUCAGAUACUGGUGAAUCUAACAGAUCUCCCAUCUUCACCAUGCCUCCCAUUAUCAGAGUAACCCGAAACUGUCCACGGUCAUUCAAUAUGUCACUGUUCGACCCCGAUGGUGACCAUGUCAGAUGCAGAGUACCGACAAACAGAAGCUCACAUGAAUGUGGACUGUGUGGUCUGACUAAUGGUCUAUCUUUAGAUCCGAACUCCUGCUCUUUAAGGUAUACCAGUACUGGAAGAACUGGAAAUCAUCCAGUUGAGCUGGUGGUGGAGGACUUUCCCAAUAGAGACAUUACUUUGUCCUACUCUGAUGGAUACUACACAUCAAAGCACCCCCUUUCACAUAGAGCACGAAAGCGUAGACAAACUGUCCUGACCACCAACGCUGCUGUUGCAUCAACCCCCAUGGCUGUAAUGACCACUGCCACAACAGCCCGGACAAAUGCCGUGAGUAUCUCCACGACCACCACAGCAGCCCCAAUAAACGCCAUCUAUACCCCAACGACCACCACAGCAGCACCGCCGACCACCACAGCAGCCCCAAUAAACGCCAUCUAUAUCCCGACGACCACCACAGCAGCACCGCUGACCACCACAGCAGCCCCAAUAAACGCCAUCUAUACCCCAACGACCACCACAGCAGCACUGACAAACACCACAGCAGCCCCAAUAAACGCUAUCAAUACCCCGACGACCACCACAGCAGCACCGCCGACCACCACAGAAGCCCCAAUAAAUGCCAUCUAUACCCCGACGACCACCACAGCAGCACCGCCGACCACCACAGAAGCCCCAAUAAACACCAUCUAUACCCCGACGACCACCACAGCAGCACCACCGACCACCACAGAAGCCCCAAUAAAUGCCAUCUAUACCCCAACGACCACCACAGCAGCACUGACAAACACCACAGCAGCCUCAAUAAACGCUAUCAAUACCCCGACAACUACCACAGCAGCACUGACAAAUGCAACCACUACCAGGGUGAAUCCCACAGGUGCACCGAUGACCCCGACCACAACAACCAUCACUCGGAGCCGUUACAUAUCAUCCAUUGCACCAUUAAGCAAACUUCCAUUGCAGUUUACCAUUUAUGUGGACUCCCACUACGCUCCUUCAUGUGUGGAUGGUGAUUAUUUUCCAAUUUUCUUGGCACCAACUCCACGCAAUGGAGUGAAUCUUCCUGCCUGGAUCAACCAGACACUUGAAGUCAAAGUCAUAUCUACAGCACGAUACACCACGAUUUAUAACUUGAUUGUCACUGGACCAAAGGGCAUUUCAAAAGUAAAAACCUCCACAGAUGAAUAUACCAUAAAAUGGACACCAACUCUUGAUGAAGUGGAUGAUCAUUUUCCCAUUUGUUUUGUUUCUGAAGCAAGAGACCGAUACCAUCGCAUCUAUCAUUCAGAGCCACGAUGUGUCACUGUUGAUGUUGGACACCAAGAGGCCACAGUGACCUGCAAUGAAACGACAAUAAUGGUUGAAGUGCUCAAGUCCUACCUCAUCAGACGCAAUGAACACAAUCUGCACCUGAAUGACUACACUGAUCCUUCCUGUAACCUGUCCACACUGUCCAACAAUACCCACGUGGUGGCUGUCAUGUCACUGAGCAGCUGUGGAACCAAAGUAGAGGAGGAUGACGAUAACAUCAUGUUUAAGAACGAUAUCACAUCUGCCGACCCAAAUGAAAUUAUUUCCAGAAAACAUGAUGUGGACAUUGCCAUCUUCUGUGCCUACCCCAAACGAACCAACCUGACUCUGGGAUUCAGACACAAAAACCCAUACGCCUUCUCAGAGAAAGGUUUUGGUGCUUUCACAUUUCGCUUUGAGUUCUUUGAGUCUCAGAGGUUCAGAACACAAGUGGAUGCCAGCUCUUACCCAGUGGAGGUCUACCUCAAACAAAUGAUCUUCAUGCAGAUCGAAGCUACAACCUCCAUCCCCAACACAGAGCUGUUCGUGGAGUCCUGCAGGGCGACUCCCUAUGACAACUCAAAUUCUCGCAUCAAGUACACCAUCAUUGAAAAUGGGUGUGUGAAGGAUAAAACAGUGGAAAUUUACCCCAGCUCCAGGACUCAGUUCAGAUUUGGAAUGGAGGCUUUUGAAUUCAUUGGUGCUCAUGAAGAGGUGUACAUCACCUGUUCAGUCCUCCUGUGUGAGACUGGUGUUGCUGGAACCAGGUGCUCUCGCGGAUGCAUCCAAUCAGGAAAUCAUCGUAGCAGAAGGGAAGCUGCAGCUGAAAGUAGUCAUCACUCCAUUUCCCAGGGACCUUUGCACCUGAUUAAACCAUCUGACAGCAAAGUGAAUGGCCCAAGCUUCAAUCUUGGCUUGAACGUGGUUUUCAUUGUUGGCUGCCUCGUGGCGGUCACAGUGGUCAUCUACCGAUCUAAGAGGUCCAGGGCUAAAUAUCAACGUCUGCCAACUUCAGAUGUAGAGUGAGAAGAUCUUCAUCCAGAUGUCGAAAAAACAUGUUUAUCUUUGCAUCAUAAUUUGAUUAUUCAUGGGUUUGAUAAUUAUCAUAUAUUCUGAAGUAUAUGGAUGUGUGUUUUAUUUUUUCUUUGCCUGCCAACUUCAGAUGCAGAAUGAAAAAAAGGAGAGGCAUCUUAAAUUACCCUAACCAUCCUGUUAAAGAAAAAAAAACUAUUUCAUGUUUAUCUUUAAACCUUUGCUACUGAUUUGUAUCCUUGUUAAAAAGUGUAGACAACAUAUGUUUUGACUCUGAUUAUGGCAUACAUUAGCUGUGGUAUUCAUAACACUGCCCCUAUAGACUUGUACUGUAAACACUAGGCAUGAUGGGUAGUGACUUCAUCCACCUUACUUCUCACACUGACACACCCAUCCCUCUGGAACAGGAUCAUUGCAAGCUAUUGAACCAAUAAGCUUACAUCUACGUCUCCAUCAGGAGCCCAUAUAAGGGGCUCCUCUGGUCCAGUGUGGUGACGGGUCAUUUCACCUCAUAUGUCUCUACAUCAUAGACUCUCCUGGACUGUCACCACCCUGAUCCCGUCACUUUGCAGACUCUGUAGUUUCCACCCAGUUGUGUUUGUUACCCAUGUCCUUGUUUUCUGUUAAUAAACACCAUUUCUCCAUUCAGCA